CUGGGAUGCCCGGGAACAGUUCGUGAAAGUCGGCAUUUCGUUUAUUGCUGGCGACUGCGAAACCGGUCACCGGAAUAUCAUCCUCUCCAAGAUCCAGAUCCAGUCCACUUUCGUCGUCAUCUUCCGUAUCAGUCGUGUUUCCGUCAGAACUGUCCUCCAGACCGGAAUAGUAUGCUCCUUGAUGCUCAUCUGCAUCCUCGUGGCUCACGGCCGAGCCCGUCGUCUGUCUCCGCCGGUGCUCGCGUUUGUCGCCAGAUUUGGUACUGGUGCUCGUGUUCUGUCUGCGAUGUCGGGACGCUGCCGGCUCUGGGCUGGCGGUGCUAGUCGCUCUGCGGCGGGCCGACAUCUGCGGACUCUGCAGAGGAGACGUCACGAGGGACGGGCCGCCUCCGCUCGCCUCGCCAGUGUUCAUGACCUGGGGGUUCAUCGUCGUCUGGUGGUCUACUGACAUGCCGUGGUUCGCCAUUGCCAGCCCUGUCGCUGCCAGCGCGCCAGCCAAGCCAACGGGCUUCUUCGGGACGCUGCGUUUCCACGGCCGGGACGGCGACUUGCUCUUUCCACCCUUGGAGGAUGUGACCGAGAACACAUCAGUGUCUCGGCGGCUCGGAGGAGGGGAUCCACCCAUAGACGACACUGGACUCAUUUCUCGGGACCUUGUUGGCGGAGGAGAGUCAACGAGUUCAGGUCUGCCCUUGCGCACCUCAGCAGAGGCUGCCGGAUCCGGCAGAUUUGGCACAGCUGGGGGUUGCGCGUUCGUCACUUGCUGUCGUUUCAGCGACUUAUUGGAAGAUUGCGUGCGAAGCGGGGGAGGCGGAGGUGUUGGCACUUGACUCGACUUGGAUCCCUUUGGAGUAGGUGGGCGCGAUGGAGUGGUAGCAGGAAGUCCUUCGAUGGGAGGCGCAGCUGCUGCUGGUUUUGGCGGCACGGGAUGCUCGGGACUCGCAUCAUUGGCCACGACAGGCGAUGGUGGGAUGACUGUCACGCUAGGGUUCCCACUGCUGCGACCAGAGUGACCAAGGGUCGAACCAUUCCGUGACGAAGACUCCACAGUCGAUGGCGAUUGGCUACGAGUGUCGGAUGGCGAAAUGGGGGACGAUGAGCUAAGGGAGCGAUCUCUCGGGUGCGUUGCUGCGGGGGCCUUGACCAGUUUCGAGAGAAAAUUGGGCGCCAUCACAUAACUCGACGCCGGGGUAUAACUGUUUGGAGAGCAGAAGAAGCACGCGACUGACUAUCUUGGGUGAAAAAGGUAUUGAGAGAAUGAGCUACGAGACAGUCCGAUGAUUCGCUUCGUGGUCUGUGCUCUGUCCUCUCCGUUUGUCGCCUAGAACAAGGAAGAAAAAGGAAAGAUCGCGU